GAAAGUGAUACUCCACUUGUCUCAUGAACCGUGAACCCACCCACAUCACAUCUUUUUCAUUUACUCUCUCUACUUCAACUCCAACUUUCUCUGCUUAGGAUCAUACACUACUCCCCUGCUUACUCACUCACUCUCCUCCUUUUCUCUCGGACUAAAGAAAAACUAAUUAAUAACCAAUUAAUGGCCUUUGAGCAUGAAGACUUCAUUUCACAAGAUUGGAAAGCCACUAAAAAUUCUGUCACAGAACCAGAGAAGAAUUGUGACAGUUGUUUUGAUUGCAACAUCUGUUUAGAUUUUGCACAUGAACCAGUUGUAACACUAUGUGGUCACCUUUACUGCUGGUCCUGCAUCUACAAAUGGCUCUUUGUGCAAAGUGCAUCACUUGCACCUGAUGAGCCCCCACAAUGUCCAGUUUGCAAGGAUGGUAUAUCUCACACCAAAAUGGUCCCUCUUUAUGGUAGGGGCCAGAGUACCUUAUCUCUCCGUGAUCGCGACAGGAACGGUAAAACUACCGUUCAAGAUAUUUCUACACCACCGAGACCAUCUGCAUCAGGGAUUCAAUCUCUAUUCGCAAUGGCAACAUUGCCGCAAAAUCAAAGUGGUCAACAACUUCCAUAUCGUAAUCCUUAUCAGAAUCCGCAUAUUAACUCUCCUCCAUACCAAGAGAAUGAUCAUGAAACUUCUCAAAUGCUCAAUCUUGGUAGCUUUAUGACACCAGUAUUCCCUUACUAUGUCUUUGGUAACUCGGAAAAUUCAGGUAGCUCUAGGUGGAGAAGGCAAGAAAUGCUGGCAAACAAAUCAUUGAACAGAAUAUCAUUUUUUCUGUUUUUAUGCUUUGUCCUUUGUUUAAUCCUCUUCUGAGUUAGCAAUUCAGUUUAUUCUAUAUUUCCCUUAUUAUUUGUAAAGAGAUUGUGUUUGUUGUAUGCUAGUCUAAAGAUGUUCUUUAGGCAUUAACUUAAUAUUAAACAUUAUUUGAGCUU